CCCUGCAUAUGCAACACCUAAAGUGCUGGCCAAGUCUGGAUUAGAUCUGAAGGAUAUUGAUGUUUGGGUAAUUCAUGAAGCAUUUGCAGGGCAGAUAUUGGCUAACCUGAGAGCCAUGGACUCUGACUGGUUUGCACAAAAGUAUAUGGGACUGAACGCGAAGGUGGGUGUUCCUGAUCUGAAGAAGUUCAAUGCCUGGGGAGGUUCAUUGAGCAUUGGGCACCCGUUUGCUGCUACUGGAGUGCGGCUGACUGUCCAUGCGGCCAACAGGCUGAUACGAGAGGAUGGGCAGUUUGCCCUCAUCGCAGCUUGUGCUGCCGGAGGACAGGGUGUAGGCAUGCUUGUUGAACGUCAUCCAGAUGGAAAGGGCUACAUAAGUGAAGAACUGAACUAUUUAAUACACUUGUAAUGCCUAAAUACAUAUUUUUGUACUUUUAUGCCUUUGUACUACACUACUUCUGAUUGUUUAUACUUUAUCCUGUGAAUUUAUUAUGUAUUCAUAAAAAUAAUAUUAUAUUGCUGUUUUUAUGUUA